CCAGCCUCUUAAUUCCCUCACAAUUAAAAUUGAGAACCCAAAUUGUAUCACAUAGUUAAACCAAACCUUUUACUUUAAUUAUAAGCGUUAUCUUAUCUUAUAUAUAUCCAUCCAAAAGUUGAACAAAUUCCUUCCAUCCAACACAAGAGCAUUACAUUAACUAGUUAAUCAUGUAUAAAACAGUAGCAGGCUCUACCGACUACCAACCAACACCUCCUCCGCCACCGCAACCUCCCGUCGAAUGGUCCACCGGGCUAUAUGAUUGCUUCUCUGACUACAACAAUUGUUGCCUAACGUACUGGUGUCCAUGUGUAACAUUUGGUCGAAUUGCAGAGAUUGUUGACAAGGGAUCCACUUCUUGUGGUGCUAGUGGUUUCUACUUUGUUCAACAUGGGGUCUUUUACUCAGCCAACUACCGGACAAAGAUAAGAUCUCAGUACAAUUUGAAAGGAAAUAAUUGCUUGGAUUGCUUGACUCAUUGCUUCUGCAGUAGAUGCGCAUUGUGCCAAGAGUACCGUGAGCUUGAAAAACAAGGAUUUAACAUGAAGAUCGGGUGGCAUGGAAAUGUUGAGCAACAGACAAGAGGAGUAGCCAUGACUUCAACCGCUCCAACAGUGGAACAGAGCAUGACCCGUUGAAAUGAGGAUGUGUGCAUGCAUGCAUGUGAUGAAGUUCUUAAUUCAUACAAGUUUGUUGUGUUAGAUCUGAAGCAUGACAAUAUAUAUAUAUAUAUAUUUCUGGGCCUUUUGAUUUGGGCCUUUUGAUGAAGUGGGCCUUUUGAUUUAGCAAGAGGCUGGUUUGCGGACUUGCAUGCUUGAGAUAUUUCUGGUUGUUUUUGAACCAUUGAAUUACUUUAUCCUUGUGAGCUUUGGAAGCAUCAAAAGCCUUCCACCACUUGAUAAGGGCAUGUUUGUUGAGAAUUGGUUGGGGUUUGGCUUUAAGACCGUACCUCCAAGAGAAUACCCAAGAAAGGGAAAAGAUUGUAUAAAAGUUUAAACAAUCAGGAUAAUUGUUAAACUCUUUGUCCCAAUGUUUCAGGAAAUGAGUAGUUUAGGGAUAUAUAUAUCUGAAGAAUAAAGUAGUUUUUGUGUUAA